AUGGACAGCAUUCAGGACACGGUCCCCCAAGACCGAGGGGGCUGUUGCCCUGCCCUCCGCAGGCUGGUCCCCGUUGGCUUUGGAGCUGAGGUGUGGACGCUCUUCGCUCUUUCUGGACCCCUGUUUUUGUUCCAGGUGCUGACCUUCAUGAUCCAUGUCGUGAGUUCGGUGUUUUGCGGGCACCUGGGCAAGCUGGAGUUGGCGUCAGUGACCCUCUCAGUGGCCUUUGUCAAUGUCUGUGGAGUUUCCAUAGGAUUGGGCUUGUCCUCGGCAUGUGACACCUUGAUGUCCCAGAGCUUCGGCAGCCCCAACAAGAAGCACGUGGGGGUCAUCCUGCAGAGGGGGACCCUGGUGCUGCUUCUGUGCUGCUUCCCCUGCUGGGCCCUCUUCCUCAACACCCAGCAGAUCCUGCUGCUCUUCCGGCAGGACCCGGCCGUGUCCAGGCUAACCCAGGAGUACGUGCUGAUCUUCAUCCCAGCACUUCCGGCAUUUUUCCUUUAUGUGCUGCUGGCGAAAUAUUUGCAAAAUCAGGGAAUCGUCUGGCCCCAAGUGUUCAGUGGCAUCGUGGGCAACUGCAUCAAUGGCUUGGCCAACUACGUCCUGGUUUCCAUGCUGAGCCUGGGGGUCAGGGGCUCUGCUUACGCCAGCACUAUGUCUUACUUCGUGCAGACCAUCUUCCUCUUUCUCUACAUUGUGCUGAAGAAGCUGCACCUGGAGACGUGGGCAGGCUGGUCCAGCCAGUGCCUGCAGGACUGGGGCCCCUUCUUCUCUCUGGCUGUCCCCAGCAUGCUCAUGAUAUGCAUUGAGUGGUGGGCCUACGAGAUCGGGAGCUUCCUCAUGGGCCUGAUCAGCGUGCUGGACCUCUCUGGCCAGGCCAUCCUCUACGAGUUGGCCACGAUAGUCUACAUGAUUCCCCUGGGGCUCAGCAACGCGGUCUGCGUCCGGGUGGGGAUGGCCCUGGGAGCCGCAGAUACUGCCCAAGCUAAGCGGUCAGCCAUCUCAGGCAUGCUCUGCACAGUUGGUACCUCGCUGGUUGUGGGCAUGCUGUUGAGCAUCCUGAAAAACAAACUGGGGCAUAUUUUUACUAAUGAUGAAGAAGUCAUUGCCCUGGUGAACAAGGUCCUGCCGAUUUAUAUAGUCUUUCAGCUCUUUGAGGCCGUCUGUUGCGUCUACGGUGGAGUCCUGAGAGGGACCGGCAAGCAGGCCUUCGGAGCCAUUGUGAAUGCAGUCAUGUACUAUGUCGUCGGCCUCCCUCUGGGCAUCGUUCUGACCUUUGUAGUCAGAAUGAGAAUCAUGGGCCUCUGGCUGGGCAUGCUGGCUUGUGGCCUCCUGGUCACUGCUGCCUUUGCGGUCUACACCGGCCGGAUGGACUGGAAGCUCGCUGCAGAGGAGGCUCAGAAACAUGCGGGGUUGCUGCCGCAGAGGACCUCGGCGACCUCGGCCCCACGCCCCGGGCCUGCGAAAGCUGUCACCUCUUCAGUGGCCACGGGUAACUCCCCAGGCAUCACCCUGACGACGUAUUCAAGGCCCGAGUGCCACCUGGACCUCAUCAGGACCCCAGAAGCAACCCAUGCCCCGUCGGCCCCGGCCAGCCCCCUGUCAGCAAAACAGCUGCUCAUCCGCCGUGGGGCUGCUCUGGGGGUGGUGUCAGCCAUGCUGAUGGUGGGCCUGGUCAUCAGGUUCCUGACCACCAGACACUAG